GAGUAUGCUAGCAUUUAGCGACAGCCCUGUCUAUGUGUAGCCAUCCAUCCAUUUACUCAGGUGGAAACGCUUGUACUGAAGGCAGCGUUCACCGCGAGCAGGUUGACAGACAGAGACGGACAUCCUGCGAGAGACAACUUGAAGUCAAGCUAUGUGUGUGCUGGAUUAAUAUUUAGUUUGCAUUAGUCUUUUUUUGCGAAGUGUAACCCAUUCAGUGAGAACAAAUACCAGUGGCAGCAACUAAGGCACGAAAGGCCGAGGACAAAGCAUUCAACCAACCCAAAAAUCCAUCUGUCAAGCAGUUUGUUGUUCCAGUUCAGUUCCAGUUCCCUGCUGUGAGACAGAACCUGAUAGUUGAGGGGAAGCCGUGUUGGAAAGAACCUUUUAAGAAGGAAACCGUCACUGUGACGUUUUCAGGUUGUUCACACUCAGCCCUCCUUAUGUAAGAGGACAGGUAUUCCCCUCGACUGACCUCGGCCCGUCAUUCGAUCACACUGAGGAUCGUCAGGCGGACUGAGACAGUUAGGGCUGAUAAACCUGACGGAGUAGAAAAAAUAACUUGACAGCACCGGUGAUCUCGGGUCCGGUGCGGUCUGCAACAAUUCGCAUUAAGCUCACACACAAAGUGCAUCAUGUCCAGAACGGGAGCUCUUGGGGACACGAACCUUCGCUCGCUGCUGAGGGAGCUGCGCACUGAUAUUGCCAUGGCUGUCGAUGACCCUUUCCCUCUCCUUUACGGUUUGGUGGACAAAAACAUCCUCACCGACCAACUAUUUAAGGACACGCUGGAGAAGGAAGGUAGAGAAGGGAUCCAUAAGGCCAUGUACUCCCUCCUCUCCUGGCUCCUGGAACAGAGAAGAUCCACCAUUCAGGCUUUCUGGAGCAACUUGUCCAAAGACUACAACCUGGACAGCUACCCCAAGCUGCAGACGUUGCUCACUAAACUGCAAUCCAGACAGGACGCCGCGAGUUCCAGAGCAGAGAGAAGCUCCUCCGGAGGCCUCAAACCUCCUCACAUUAAGAAGAGGAACCACAGGGAGAGAGAGACCAGCUCACAGACUCUGCACCCACAGUAUCACGCCGAGACGAGUGAUAGACCAGGCGGUAAAGUGAAGCUGUACAGAGUGAAAAGUGAAGCUGCGGCCUCAAAGCUGACGUCUGCAAACAAUGUUCUGGAGGUUUCGUCUUCCGUCCAGAGACCGGUCACGCUGGGUUCCUCAUUAACCGAGCCGGCAGUCAGCCACGCAGCCACAGAGACCCAUAUCAGACAGAUGUUGGACUCGGAUGGAAGUGCCAGGAAGGUUGUCGGGGAGUUUUACUCAGAGGAGUCCAGAGCUGUCGAUAACAAGCUUCCCCGCAAGGGGGAGACAACCGCCGGCACGGUAGAGGAUCCGCCGAGCAUCCACUCGUUGAAGGUCGGUCACUCCGUCGGCCCUUUCCAAGGUGUGUGUAUUCACCUUUGUGCGUUCUGCAUUCCUGAGAGCUUAGGGUCAUGUAAUGACGAUGAGUGUGCAGUGUGCAAGGACGGAGGGGAGCUGAUUUGUUGCGAUGGCUGUCCUCGAGCUUUUCACUUGACCUGCCUGGACCCUCCGCUCACAUCCAUACCGAGUGGCACUUGGCGUUGUGAAUGCUGCAGCGGAAACACAGUGAAAAGAGAGAAUGCGCCAGUAUCUUUUCAGGUAAGUAUCAGUAAGGUUUACAUGGACUGUUCAUUCUUAUGUUUAAUUUAUUUGAUUUACGUUAAUUGUUAUUCAUUUGUUUCUUCCAGAGUAACACAUAUGAUAUUCUUUGUUUCACUCUUUUGCACUGCAUUUUCUCUUCUGUAUUUCAUGCCACAGCCACUCGAUGCCCUGCAAAAAAACACGAGCAACCCCAUCGUGGAUGUUUCCUUCUUCUCCUCGCUUCCUUCCUCGCCGCUCACCUGCGCCACAGCCUCUAUGAAUGAGCUCAGAAGCCAGGGCCCGGCCGGAGAGCUGCUCGCUGUGAGGGAGGUGUGUGGUGUUUGCUGCGUCGAAGGCGGAGAGCUGACUCACUGCCUCCAGUGUUUGCAGCGCUUCCACGUCCACUGCCACUUCUCCAAAGGCCGAUCCAUCUGCUCGUCCUGCUCCCGGCCCUGGAGCGCCUCUGCAGAGAAGGAGGCUGAAACAUCCAGAAGCUUACAGCUCAUCCAUGAGCAGCAGUCUUCUUCCCCUGAGGGCGUCCUCCAUAAAGAUGAACUGGACUCCAUCCUGGGAGACUGCUCCAUUGACAUCCUGCAGUGGGCUUUCCACAACAUCUCUCGGCCUCAUCCAGACUUGCAAGGAUGCUUCAAGUGACAGACACACAAUCGGCACUCAACAAUGAUCUCUCUGCAGAGUAUCAAACACGACAGGAGCAUUUAAUGGAGAAUAAAGUACACAUUAUUAUCCCGUGUUCUGCCUUACCUGAAGUUGAAGAUUUGGUAGUGGUUUAUUUUAGAUAGAACAUGAUAUUCGUUUUUGAAUAAUUCUUUACACUUUAA